AUGCUUCGUUGCUUGCUUGGGUGGUUGGCUCUGGCGGCAGUCAGCACGCUUGUGUUCGCCAGCGGCAACCGGAGCGUAGAUCGGGAAAAUACUCGCGUCUGGGGACCUGGCGUGGAAAUACCGGAUCGGUCCACUCUUCCAGCGCGUUACUUUUUCAUCGAACCGAGAGACGCCGAUAAUGUGAAAAUCAAUGAGUCCCAAAAGUAUGAUGUACAUAUAAUUGGGCAGUCUCGUUUCGGUUCGUGCCGCUAUCGCCUAAACCAGAUCGAUCGUCACGAUGGAUCUUCCAUCAUUCGCUACCGGUUGGCGGAAUCUUGCACUGACGUCACGAUUCACGUGCGUCAUAACGGCGGUCACCUGCGCGGUUCUCCUUUCGCCAUCGCCGGCACCCUGUACACGGAGCAGUGCUACUGUCCGCAGGGUUCGGUGGAGGAGUGGCUCGAAACGGUCGGUUGCCCGUUAGGUGAUCCGCAGAUCGAUAUGGAUUUGGUCCCAUUUCGGGCGAUCAAUUUCUCCAGCCUGCGAACGCGCAUGAUACAACAGUACGAUAAGCCGGGCAGCAUUUCGCACUGUAACUACGUCAUUCUGCGGAACGAAAUCCAUCGCCGAUGCUACGGCCAGCACACGGGUUUCAGCAAGUUUAUGGACACGAUCCUCCUGUCGUUGGCCCGAAAGUUUACACUGCCCGAUAUGGAAAUGUUUGUGAACCUAGGCGAUUGGCCACUGGUGAAAAAGGGAGGACCCAGUCGCACCACAGGACCAUAUCCGAUCUUUUCGUGGUGUGGCAGCGACGACACGUUCGACAUCGUAAUGCCAACGUACGACAUAACCGAGUCGACGCUGGAAAACAUGGGACGCGUCAUGCUGGACAUGCUGUCCGUCCAGCGUCGUGGCAUUCCGUGGUCCGACAAACAUCGGAAAGCUUUCUGGCGAGGGCGUGACGCAAGGCGCGAGCGAUUGGAGCUGGUGCGCUUGUCCCGGAGCCACCCCGAGCUGCUCAAUGCUUCGUUGACGAACUUUUUCUUCUUCCGCGACGAGGAGACAGAGUUUGGACCACGCGUGGCUCACAUUUCGAUGCACGACUUCUUCGACUAUCGGUACCAGGUGAACGUCGACGGGACGGUGGCGGCCUACCGAUUGCCCUACCUGCUGGCCGGUAGCUCCGUGGUGUUGAAGCAAGACUCGUUCUACUAUGAACACUUCUAUCGGAAGCUGAUUCCGAUGCGUCACUACAUUCCGUUCGCAGCGGAUUUAUCGAACCUGGUACAGCAGGUGGAAUGGGCCCGUGCCAACGAUGAGCAGGCGCGAGAGAUACGCGACAACGCGAAUGCUUUCAUCAAUGCCAAUCUUCUUCCACAGGAUAUUUACUGCUACCAUGCGUUGCUGUUUAAGGAGUACGCGAAGUACAUCAUAAGUCCGAUUCAGGUGCAACCCAAUAUGGAGAAAAUUAAGCAACCGGACGAAGCCUUUCACUGUCCGUGCGAAAGGACGACCCUUCCGAGGGAUGAGUUGUAAAACUAGCGAAUACCAAUAUUUUCUUAUGUAUUCAUCUACUCGCGACGAGUAGUGGCAAAGGGAAGCAUUCCAUGCUACCGCAACCUGUCUAAACUGUGAUCGUUUCGUUACUUUUCAUCCCUUCAACAGUAUCUCUUUCUCUCAGGUAGAUAGUUGACCGAACAAAG